AGCCAGGGCGGUGAGGCUGGAGGAGACAGGGAGAAUGAGCGCUGCGCGGACGCUGCGGGUGCCGGGCCGCCACGGCUACGCAGCUGAGUUCUCCCCGUACCUGCCUGGUCGCCUGGCCUGCGCAGCCGCGCAGCACUACGGCAUCGCGGGCUGCGGAACCCUACUAAUACUGGAUCAAAAUGAAACUGGUCUUACAAUUUUUAGAAGCCUCGACUGGAAUGAUGGCCUGUUUGAUGUGACCUGGAGUGAGAACAAUGAACAUGUCCUCAUCACCUGCAGUGGUGAUGGCUCACUGCAGCUCUGGGACACCGCCAAACCCACAGGGCCACUGCAGGUCUAUAAAGAACAUGCUCAGGAGGUGUAUAGUGUUGACUGGAGCCAAACCAGAGGUGAGCAGCUUGUGGUGUCUGGCUCCUGGGACCAGACGGCCAAAGUGUGGGAUCCAACUGUUGGAAAGUCUCUGAGCACCUUUAGAGGCCAUGAGAGUGUCAUUUAUAGCACAAUCUGGUCUCCCCAUAUCCCUGGUUGUUUUGCUUCAACCUCAGGUGACCAAACUCUGAGAAUUUGGGAUCUGAAGUCCGCAGGAGUCAGAAUUGUGGUUCCAGCACAUCAGGCGGAAAUUUUGAGUUGUGAUUGGUGUAAAUACAACGAGAAUUUGCUAGUGACGGGAGCAGUUGAUUGUAGCUUGAGAGGAUGGGACUUGAGAAACGUACGACAACCAGUGUUUGAACUUCUUGGUCACACCUAUGCUAUUAGGAGAGUGAAAUUUUCACCAUUUCAUGCUUCAGUGCUGGCGUCCUGCUCCUAUGAUUUUACUGUAAGAUUCUGGAACUUUUCAAAGCCUGACCCUCUUCUUGAAACAGUGGAGCAUCAUACAGAGUUCACUUGUGGCUUAGAUUUUAGUCUUCAGAGUCCCAGUCAGGUGGCUGACUGUUCUUGGGAUGAAACAGUAAAAAUAUAUGACCCCGCUUGUCUUACUGUGAUUCCUGCUUGAGACGCAUUGCCCUGGACAGAAGCAAGGAUGUUGACCAAAGAAUUGCUUACCAGCAAAUAAAUCAGCUACUGAAAACAUAGAUGUUAUGCUUCCAUGUGAGAUUCAGAUUUCCAAUUCUUCAGAUUUACCCCGGAAUCAGUUUUGAGGCAGCUAGUAAUAAAGACUUUGGGUCAUUCUGCGAGCCUGGUACAUAAGCCAUAUACCUUAAAAUCCCAAGACAUAAUCGAUAUUUUGGUGUAUCUUGUACUACUGAUUAAAAUGUAAUCUCUGUAUUGUAAAAUGGAUUAAAAUAUGAGAGAUCAAUAGACUAUAUGGAGAGUCGUAUGUUUCAUUUUUAUUUGUUUAUGUAAAUAUCACAACUGUUUAUAAAAAUCAAAAUAGAUUGCAUGUCUUGAAUGUAUAUUGUUUAUGGCAUACCCAGUACGACAUGUUAGAUAAUUAUAAAUACAGCAGUAUAAGUGAUGUGGCUGGGGCUGUGGUUGACAUUUGGGCUCUAAAAGAUUUAGCUUGUUCAGAAGUCCUUUAUUGAACAUCUACUAUGUGCCUAGCACAUGGCUGAAAGAAAUUUUCUCCAGCUCUGCUGCUGUGCUCUAAGAACAUAGAAUGCUGUGAG